CACAGUGGGAAGAAAACCUCGAAAUGAAUUGCAUUGAAGCUAACCUGACAUGUAUUUCAGCACUCCCUGUGAGCUGGGCCCAGGAAUAUAUACUCUGGUCAAUGGACAGGAGUCUUCAACAGAUCUUCAAACAUCUGGAAAGUGCAAGAUCAAAUCUUAUGGAACUUGGUUUGCAUGAAUCACAGGAGAUGAUUUCUUCCUCUACAUCCUCUGACCUUGUGGCUCAGGAGGCUGUUCUACCAUGCUGUGACUGUAAGAAGGAAGAGCAUUCUAGUGACAACAACAUCUCUUCUGGAUCAUCAAGUAACAACUCCAGUCUAUCUCACCUUCCUGUCUUUUCUGAAGGAACAACCUGGAAAUUCCAGAGCUGUAGUUUACCUAUUUCCCCCCAAAAGCAAUCAUCUAUGUCCAGGAACCAAGGUAUAUCCUUGCCUCAGCUGUCAGAGUCUGAGAAAUCAAAACCUUUCCAGGAUUUGGCAGCUCUUUCACCUUUACAAUCUCAAAGCUCUUUUCUUAACUCUAUUUUUGAGCAAGAUAAAGCAAAAAAUGAGAGGAAGAGCAAGAGUCCAUUGACAUUAAGUCAUAGGCCAAAUUCUGUUUUGAGGAAGAAACCACAACACUCAGGGUGGGCUCCAAUCCAGCUCUCUCCUUUGGCUAGAGGGGAACUAGAAGGACAUAUGUCUUGGAAGGUUUGUACUUUGCGGAAACAAGUAGUGCCUCUGCCUGUGAGGGAAUCAUGGUCAAUGCUGAAUUAUUUAAUUGAAGUACAAGGAGGAAUCCCGGAGCCAGAGAAACCCCAAACUCAUUCAUCUAUGCCCAUACAUCAAAGUUCAGAGCAGAAUACCAACAAUAAAUCCCAAGACCUUCCAUCAUUUCAGCUCCAUGUGAACAUUGGAGUGGAAUCUGGACUAAAUAGGACAGAAACAAAAAUUUCACAAUCACUUAUCUCAGGUAAGCAGUUACAACCUGAAGAUGACCCUCAAGUCCUUGAAUCUAAGCCUUUAGUUACAUCAAUAGACACUCUACAUCCUAGAAGUUUAGGAGUUAACAUAAUUCAAGAGGAAACCACUUUACUGAAGAAGAACCCCAAACAUGUGCUAGAGCUUAGUAUAGAGCAGAGGGUCACAGGUCUUCCAGAAAAAAAGAUAGAGCAGCAUAAGACACCUGUGACUAAUGUGGAAUUGACCCCAAUGCUACCAUAUCAAGUCACAGAGAGCAUAAAGGUAACUCCAUUGGCACUGCUUCAGGUUAUGGACUCAAUGGGGAUGAUUCCUGAACCACAUGCAGAAGUGAUAGAAUCUGCAGAUUCAUUCCCACAGCCACCAAAUCACAUUGUGAUACCAACAGAAUCCAUGGAAACAAGGAAUGUAAUCCCUCAACCACCAAAUCAAGUCAAUGAAUCAGUGGUGGUAGCUCCAAACUCUUGGCACCAAGUUAUGAAAUCAAGACUAUUGAAUCAAGUUACAGAUAAUGGGAUGGUAACUUCUGUAGCACUGCAUCAAGCCAUGGAUUCUAUGGGGAUUAUUAACAAAUCACAACCACAUAUCAUAGAAUCAAUGAAAACGACCCCUAUGCCACAAUAUCAAGGAAAGGAGUCAGUAAAGAUGAACACAUUAAUAGACCAUCAAGCUAUAAAACCAGGAAAGAUGAGUCCAAGGCUACAAUAUGCAGUCAGGGAAACUGUGGAAAUGACCCCAGGGCCACAGCAUAAAGUCAUGGAAUCAGUGGACAUGACUUCAAGGUCACAAAGUCAAGUUCUAGAGCAAGUAAAGAUUAUUCCAGGGCCAAUGCAUCAAAACACGAAACCACUGGAAAUGAUCUCAACAUCAUUGCAUCAAACCAUGGAUUCCAUGAAAGUAACCCCAGUGGCACUAUCACAAGCCAUGGAUCUCGUGGGGAUAAUUCCACCACCACAGCUGCAUAUUAUAGAACAGGGGGGUUUGGCCCCAGAUUUACAGUCUCAUAUUGUACAUAUGACCCCACCAGGUAAUUUGACUUCUUCCUUUAGCUCCCUUACAAGUGUUGCUCCACUAGGAGUUGUAGAAUCUGUGGGUUUUCCUCCAAAACCACCACCUAAAGUCAUGGAGUCAGCAGGGAUGAUUCUAACACCACCACAUCAAUCUACAUGCUGUCUACAGGUAAGCCCAAUAGCAUCGGGGUCACUUAUAGGAAUGACCAGAACACCGCAGUCACAAGCUGUACAAACUCAGGAUUUGACCCCACAAUCAAUAUCUCAAGUCAAGAAAUCUCUGGAAUUAACUCCUGGAAUUCCAGUUCCAGUGUUAGACUCUUCAGCGAUGACUCUACAACCACAUCACCAAGGCACAGAGCCUGUGGGAUUAAUCCCAGGACCACCUCAUCAAGUCAUGGAUUCUUUAGGGUUAACACCAUGGCAUCAAAUACAGGAAUAUUCAAAGAUGAGCCCAAGGCAAAGCCAAAAAGUUACAGAAACUAUAGGACUGACCUCUGAUGCAUGGUUACAAAUGAAGGAAUCUUCAGAGUUGGCACAGUCACAUCAAAUGAUGGAUUCUUUAGGAAUAAUCCUAAAGUCUCCAGGUCAAAGUACAGAAUCUAUAGGAAUGAGCCCAAAGCCACCGCAUCAGGUCACAGAAUCUGUAAUAAUGACAAAUACAUCACUAUUUCAAGAUAUGAAAUAUACGAAGGUGAAGCCAGGGCCAAAAGCCAAGGUUAUGGAUUCUAUGAAGCUAUCCUCAGGAUUGCAAAAUGUAAAACCUGAGAACCUGACUCUGGGACCAAGCUUGCAAAGUAUGAAACCUGCAGAUAUAGCCACAGGUUCAGUAUCACAAGUUAUGAAAUAUGGGCAGGUGAUUCCAACUGUGAACUCUGUAGACACAUCCCCAGAACUUCGAUUGCAGAGUGUGAAAUCUGAGGAGUCAGCCCCUAUACCACAGAUGCAAAGUGGGAAAUCUGUGCAGUCAGGUAUAGGAUUACAACUUCCAGGUAUGAAAUCUAUUCAAUUGACCCUAGGGUCACAACUGCAAAGUGUAAAAUCUGCUGAGUUAGCCUCAGCACCACAGUUGCAAGGUAAAAUAUCUAUAGAUUUGACUCCUAGUUCACAGUCACAAGAUACAGAAUAUGUUCAUUUGACCCUACCACCAGAGUUUCAAGGUGCAAAAGCUGUGGAGCUGACCCUAAAUCCACCACUGGAAGAUGUAAAAUCUGUGGAGUUGGCUCCAAAGCCCUGCUUAAAAAAUAGUAGAUCUGAGAAGACAGCCCCUGCACUAUUGCUUGAAGACAUAAAAACUCCUCAAAUGGUAGAAUGUAGGUUAAUUCCUGAGACAGAGGAGCAAAUUAUGAAAUAUGAGGAAUCAAUCCCAGUGACACACCUUACAGCAGCACAAUCUGCGGAGAUGAACUUUAAACCAGAUAAUCAAGCCACAGAACCUGAAGAAUUGACUCCAUGGCAUCAACCCUCAGAAUCUUUAGGGUUGCUCUCAGAGCCAGGAUAUCCAGGAACAGAAGCAAAGCUGAAUUCUGACACUUGUCACCAAUUGGAAGAAUCUGUUGGAUUGAUACCAUCAUUUUUAGGAAUUACCCCAGGAUCACUGAGCCAAACUUCAGAAACUAUGGAGAUGAGCUCAGUGUCAUUCCAAGGUACUCCUGAGACAAUGACUCAACUUGUAAAAACAAUGGGGGAGACUCCAGAGUCACAAUACCCAACAAAAGAAUCUCUGGAUUUGGUACCAGGAUCAGAGAUGCAAAAUGUAAAAUCAGAGAUGUUAAACCCAGAGCCACAGCCCCAAGGUACUGAACCAUAUUCAAAAGUUACUGAGUUGUCAGAAAUACCCCUAAUGUCAGAAUAUGAAGACACAGAAGCUGUGGGGUUGGUAUUGCCUCAGGUUGAUAAGACCCAGGGGGCUAUUCCAGUACCUUUAAGUUCAGAAACAGGAUCUUCAGAGUUGGGUCUAGGAUCAGGGAUGCAAUAUGAGAAAUCAGAGCCACUACCUAAAAAUUUGCAAUCUGUGGAGUUAACCUCUGAGUCAUCCCCAUUAAUAGAAGGAUCUAAAAAGUUAACCACAGAACCAAAGCUAUAUGUUAUGGACUUGACCCCAGGGCCACAGCUCCAGGGAGUGAAGUCUAGUCAAUUGGAUCCAGAACCACAGUUGCAAGAUGUGAAAUAUGUGAAUUUAAUCCAACCAUCAACUACAGGAGUGGUAGAAUUUGAGAAGCUGACACCAGAGCCAGUGCUACAAAGUACAUUAUUGGAGGAAUUGUCUAAGGAGGAAAAGACCCAAGGUGUGAAAUCUGUGGAUUUAAUAGGCCCUUUGGAGCCAAGUGUCAAAUCUCCUGUACUGACCUCAACGCCACAGUUGCAGAGUGUCAGCUUUUCAAAGUUGUCACCAGAGCCAAUUCAUCAAGGAGAAAACUCUACAGAUUUAAUCUCAAGACCCCUGCAUUAUGGUGUGAAACCUGAUGAAUUGAUCCCAGAUUCUCUAAUACAAGAAAUAAAAUUGUCAGAUCUUAUCCGAGAGUCAAAGUAUCCAAGUGUCAAAUCUAUACAGUUGACUCCAGAACCAAAACCUCCAGGUCUGAAAUUUGUGGAACUAAACCAAGGACCAUGUUUACAAGAUAUCAGAUUUUCUGAUUUUAUCUCAGAGCCAAAGAAUCAAAGUUUCAAAUAUAUGCAGUUGAAACCAGGAGCUCAGCUUCAAAAUAAAAAAUCUUUAGAGUUUGUACCAGAGUCAUCUUUGCCGUUAAACCAAGGACCACAGGUUAAAGACAUGACGUCUGUUCUGUCUACUGAAGGGUCAGAGCCUCAUAGCGUGAAAUCUGUGAAAUCAACCUUAGGAAUACAAUUUCAAGGUGUGAAAUCUAAGGAAGUAAAUCUAGGGCCACAGCAAAAACAAAUCAAAAUUUCUGAAUUGACAUCAGAGCCAAACCUUCAAGGUAUCAAAUUUGGGAAGCAAACCCCAGGAACAAUGUUUCAUGGAGUAAAUUCUGUGGUAGUGACUCCAGAAUUAGAGCUGCAAGACUCCAAAUUAGCAAAGAUGUCUCCACAGUUUCAGGAUAUGAGAGAGGUGAGGCUUACCCCAGGGCCAUGGCUAAAUGAAGUCAAAUUUUUUGAUUUGACACCAGGAACACAACCUCAAGGUGUUAAAUCUUCAGAGUUAAACUUAGGGCCACAGCUACAAUGCACAAAUUUUUUUGAGUCGAUUCCAGGGUCGGAGAGGCAAGAGGUAACAUCUGUGAACUUGACAGUAGGGCCAGAGGGGCAAGGUAUUAAACCUGAGUUGUUAGUGCCAGAGCCACUGUUCCAAGGUGUAAAUUAUGUGGUAAAUCAAAUGCCAUGCUUAGAAAGCGAAUUAAUUGCAGAGUCACAGAAACUAGAUGUAGAAUCUAUGGAGUUGACUCCUGGGCCACAAUUGCCAAGUGUAAACCAUUGCGAGUUGACCAAAAGACCACAGCUACAAGGUAUGAAAUCUUCUGAACUGAUCCAAGGACCACAGUUGCAAGAUGUAAAAUCUAUGGAAUGUACCUCGGUCUCAAAGCUUCAAGGUUUAAAAUCUGAGGAGCCAAACUUAGGGCCACAUUUAGAAGAUACUGUAUCUAUGGAUUUAACUCCAGGACCACAUUUGAGAAGUAUCAAAUCUGUGCCAUUAAUGCCAAAGCCAAAGCUUGGAUAUGGCAGCUCUGUGCUGUUAACCCCAGGGCUACUGGCAGAAGAUAUAAACCCUGGGGAGCUGACCUCAGGCUCAGAACUACAAGGUUUAAAAUCAGAUUUGCCAACCUCAGGAUCACAGUUGGAGGACAUGAAAUCUGUAGCCUCAACUCCAGGACCAUGUCUGGGAGGUAUGAAAUUUAAUGAGACAAUUCCAGGUUCACAAAUGGAAGAUAUAAAAUCUGUGGAGAUAACCUUGCAGCCACAGAAAAAUGUCAAAUCUGUGGAAUUCGCCCCUGAUUCCAAGGUUCAAGGUAUGAAAUUUGUGGAGUUCCCAGGUACACAGCUGCAAGAUUUGAAAACUGUGAAAUUUAAAUGUGGACCAAAGAUGCAAGGUGAGAAUUCUGCAGCAUUUGUACCAGGACCAUUGCUUCAAGUUGUUAAAUCUAUGGUGCUUCAAGGGCCUCAAGUACAAGUUGUUAAUCCUGAGGAGUUGACUUCAGAGCCACAGAUGCAAGACAUGAAAUUUGUGGGGAAUAUGCCAUGUUUAGAACUUCGAAGUUUAAAACCUGUAAAGGAGACUCUAGAUCCACAACUGCAAUAUGUAAAAUCUAUAAAGUUAAUCCCAAGGCUAAAGAGGCACAUAGAAAAAUCUGUGAAAACAACUAGAAGACAAAAGUUUCAAGGAGUAAAAUCUGUAUGUUUAUCUCCAGAACAACAGUUUCAAGGGAUGGCACCUGUGGCUUUCACUCCUGAGCCUGAACAGGAUGGGCAGAUAUCUGUAAACUCACCAGAGCAGCAACAUGUGAAUUUAGAACAAUUAAAGAGAGGUUCUGAGUCAGUAGAUGUAAUGUCUUUGGAGUUAAUUCCUAAGCCAAAAUCUAAAGGUGUAAACUCUACAGACUUCAAAUCUGAGGUACAGUUGAAAAGUAUGAAAUCAUUUGAAUUGACUCCAGAACCAAAUAUUCAAGAUGUGAAAGCUAAAGAGUUCACAUGUCAACCACAGUUGCAAAGUGUGAAAUCCCCCAAGUCAAUUCCAGGACCACAAUUGCACCAAAUGAAAUCUUUGGAGUCAACUUCAGAGCCACAGCUUCAAGGUGUGAAAACUAUGGCAUUAAACCAAGAUUCAGAGUUUGGAAGGAGAAAAUCUGUGCAAUGGAUACCAGGACCUGAGUUCCAAGGUAUGGAACCUGUAGAAUUAAAUCUCAGAUCACAAUCUCAAGAUAUCAAACCUUCAGAGCUAAAAAUUCCCAUACAGGUACAAGAUGUGAAGCUAUCUGAAUUGACUCUAGGGUCCAAACUUCAAGAUACAAAAUCUAUAGACAUUAACCUUAGGUCACAGUUGCCAUGUGUGAAAACCCCAGAAUCACAACUGCAAAAAGAGAAAAUGUUGGCAUCAAUCUCAGAGCCUCAACUUCCAGGUAUGGAAACUGUGGAGUUAAACCAAGAGUCAAACUUUAGAGGUACGAAAUCUGUGCAGUGGAUACCUGGGCCUGAAUUCCAAAGAGUGAGAUCUGUGGGGUUAAAUGAUGGGUCACAAUCUCAAGAUAUCAAAGCUUCAGCAUUAAAACCUUCGAUAAAAUUAGGAGGUGUGAAGUCAUCUGAAUUGACUCUAGGGUCAAAACUUCAAGGUGCAAAAGACAUGAAGUUGAAUCUUCGGCCACAGAUCCAGUCUGUGAAAAUCCUUGAGGUGUCCCCAGGACCACAGAUACAAAAAGGGAAAAUUUUGGCAUCAUCAUCAUCUGAGCCACAAUUUCCAGGUGUGAAAAUUGUGGAGUUAAACAAAGAGCCAGAGCUUAGACGUAUGAAAUCUGUUCAAUGGAUUCCAGGACCUAAGUUCCAAGGUAUGAAAUCUGUGUUAAACCUUGGGUCACAAUCUAAAGGUGUCACAGUUGUACAGUUGAAAUCUUCAAUACAGUUAAGAGACACAAAGUCAACUGUAUUGACUCCAACACCAAAGCUCCAAGGUAUACAACCUUUGGCAUCACUUCAGGAUGAUCAGACUCAAGGGUUCAAAUUUAUUGACUCGAAAUCCGGGCUACAGUUGAAAAGUAUGAAACCAAGUGAUAAAACUGUGGAGCUGAACUCCUCACUACACUUGGAAAGUAUGAAAACAACUGAAUCACCUCCUCAGACAAAGCUUCAAAGUAUGAAUUUCAAGUUCAACUCUGGGCCACAGUGGCAAGAUGUAAAAUCUUCAAAGUUGACGCUUGAGACAAAGAUCCGAGAUAAGAAAUUUUCUAGUUUACCCCAAAGCUCACAGUUGAAAGGUAUACCAUUUUCUGAUUUGACCAAGAUUCAAGGUGUCAAAUCUACAGACUUUAAACACAGGCUACAGCUGCAAGGUGUAAAAUCUUCUGAGUUGAUACCGAUGGCAAAGCUUCAAAAAGUUAAGUCAGUGAAAUUCAACUCAGGCCCACAGUUGCAAGACGUGAAAUCUUCUAGGCUGAUUACAGGUGUAAAGCUUCAAGAUGUAAGAUCUAUGGAUUUCAGUUCUGGACCAUACUUACAAGAUGUGAAACCUGAAGUGAUUCCAGGGGAAAAGUUUCAAGAUAUGAAAUCUAUAGAAUCUAAACCUAAUCUAAAGUUACAUGGAGAGAAAUCUGAUAUGAUCCUGGGGAGGAAAUUUCAAGAUAUGAAAUCUGUAGAACUGAACUCAGAACCACAAAAUAUUGAGUCUUCUAAGCUGAUCAUGCAUAUACAGCUUCAAGAUAUAAAAUCUAAGGAGUUUGGUUCUAGACCACACUUUCAAGAUAUAAAGUCUUCUGAGGUCAUCCCACAGACAGAGCUUCAAGGUGUUAAAUCAGUGAACUUUAACUCUGGGCCACAGGUACAAAGUGAACAAUCUUCUGAGUUGAUUCAAGAAACAAAGCUUCAAGAUGGGAAAUCUGUGGUGGUCAACUCGGGCCCACAGCUGCAAGAUAUGAACUAUUCAAAUUUGGUCCUGGGAACAAAGCUACAAGAUGUAAAAUCUAUGGAGUUCAGUUCUAGACCAUAUUCACAGAGUGUGAAAUCUUCUGAAGUGGCCCCAGAAACAGAAUUUCAAAAAAUGAAAUCUGUGGGGCUCAUGCCUGGGGAAAUAUGGAAAGAAGUAAAAUCCUUUGAAUUGACUCUAACUAAGGUACAAGAUAGGAAAUCUUUGGGGUUCAACUCAGCCCCACAGAUAAAAGAUAAGAAAUUAUCUAUGUUUACACCUGGGAUACACCUUAAAUGUGUAAAAUCUAUGGAUUUCAAUCCUGGAGAAAAGUUACAAGGAGUGAAAUCUGAGUUGAUAAAUCAUCAAACAAUCAACUCUCCAGAGGUCAACUAUGGCCGAGAAUUUCAGCUUCCAAAAAUCUCUGAGUUAGCCUUGAAAUCAAAAAGUCACUGUGUGGGACCUUCUGAGGUCAAAGUUGGAAAGCAGCAAGGAGAUGAGAAAUCUACUGAAUUGAAUCCAUGGCCAGAGCUUCAAAGUGUUAAAUGUAUAACAUUCAACUCUGGGUCACAUUUGCAGCAUGUAACAUCUUCAGAAUUAGGCACAAGGACAAAUCUUCAAGAUGCAAAAUCAAUGGAAUUGAAAUCUGAGCAACAGUUACAAGGUGUGAAAUCUGAGUUGUGCUUAGGAACAAAGCUUCCUAGCACACCAUCUUUAGAGUUCAAUGUGGGGCCACAGUUGCAAGGGAUAAAAUCUUCUGAGUUAGGCACAGAGAAAAAGCUUUCAGAAGACCAAUCUCUACAAAUCAAGCAUGAGCCUAAAUCUCGAGGCAAGAAAUCUCCUGAACUGAAUUCUGGACCAGAGCUUCAAGGUACUAAAUCUAAUAAUGUGUUUUGGCCUGGAUCACAGUCCCAAAGCACGGAUUCUUCUGCAACCAUUCCAGGGCCUGAACUUCAGUGUGUGAAUUCUGCUGGGUACAGCCCAGAACCACAUUUGCCAGGUUUGAGCCCUUCUGUAUCUGUUCCAGGGCCAACGCUUCAGUGUGCGAAUUCUACUAGAUGCAACCCCAGGCCACAUUUGCAAGGUGUGAAUUCUGCAUCUGUUCCAGGACCACAGCUUCAGUGUGUAAAUUCUGUUAGAUGCAACCCUGGGUCACAUUUGCAAGGUAUGAAUUCUUCUGCAUCCAUUCCAGGGCCAGAACCUCAGUGUGUAAAUUCUGUUGGGUGCAAUCCUGGGCCACAUUUGCAAGAUGUGAGUUCUUCUGCAUCCAUCCCAGGGCCACAGCUUCAGUGUGAAAAUUCUAUUGGAUGCAACUCUGGGCCACAUUUGCAAGAUGUGAGUUCUGCACCCAUUCCAGGGCCACAACUUCAAUGUGAAAAUCUGGUUGGAUGCAACCCUGGGUCACAUUUGCAAGGUAUGAAUUCUUCUGCAUCCAUUCCAGGGUCAGAACUUCAGUGUGUAAAUUCUGCUGGUUGCAAUCCUGGCCCACAUUUGCAAGAUGUGAGUUCUUCUGCAUCCAUCCCGGGGCCACAGCUUCAGUGUGAAAAUUCUAUUGAGUGCAACUCUGGGCUAGGUUUGCAAGAUGUGAAUUAUUCUGCAUCCAUUCCAGGGCCAGAACCUCAGUGUGUAAAUCCUGUUGGGUGCAAUCCUGGGUUGCAUUUGCAAGAUAUGAGUUCUGCAUCUAUUCCAGGGCCACGGCUUCAGUGUGGAAAUUUUGUUGGGGGUAACCCUAGGCCACAUUUGCAAACUGUGAAUUUUUCUGCAUCCAUUCUAGGACCAAAAAUUCAGUGUGUAAAUUCUGUUGGUUGCAACUCUGGGUUGCAUUUGCAAGAUGUGAAUUAUUCUGCAUCCAUUCCAGGACCAGAACUUCAGUGUGCAAAUUCUGUUGGGUCCAAUCGAGGAUCACAUUUACAAUGUUUGAGUUCGUAUGCAUCUAUUUUAGAGACUCAGACUCAGUGCAGAAAUUUUGUUGGAUGUAACUCUGGGCAGCAUUUUCAAGGUGUGAGUUCUUCGAUAUCCAUUUUAGGACCAAAACUUCAGUGUGUAAAUUCGGUUGGGUGCAACCCGGGACCACAUUUGCAGGGUGUGAAUUCUUCUGUGUCCAUUCCAGGGCCAGAACCCCAGUGUGUAAAUUCUGUUGGGUGUAACCCUGAGCUUCAUUUGCAAGGUGUGAAUUCUUCUGCAUCUAUUCCAGGGCCACAGCUUCAGUGUGGAAAUUCUGUUGGGUACAAACCUGAGUCACACUUGGAAAGUGUGAAUUCUUCUGCACCUAUUCUGGGAUCAAAACUUCAGUGUGUGAAUUCUGUUGGGUGCAACUGUGGGCUGCAUUUGCAAGAUGUGAAUUCUUCUGUAUCCAUUCCAGGGCCACAGCUUCAGUGUGGAAAUUCUGUUGGGUGCAACCCUGGGUUGCAUUUGCAAGGUGUGAAUGCUGUAUCCAUUCCAGAACUAAAACUUCAGUGUAUAAAUUCUAUUGAGUGCAAUCCUGGGCCACAUUUGCAAGAUGUGAAUUCUUCUGAGUCUAUUCCAGUGUCCAAACAUCAGUGUGUAAAUUCUGUUGUAUGCAACCCUUGGCUAGGGUUGCAAGGUGGGAAAUCUUCUGAGUUAACUCCAGGGAGAAAGUUUCAAGGAGUUCAAUUUUUGGAGAAACACCUUGAGUCACAGCAACAAGUUUUGCAACCUGUGUUCACUUUGGGUCCUCAGUUAAAUGACAUGAAAUCUAUGUUAUUUUUACCAGAGCCACUGCUUGAAAAUGUAAAGUUUGUGGAGAUGAACAAACAGCCAUUGUAUAGUAGUGCACAUGUUGUGAAAUUGAUUUCAGACUCUGAGCAGCAGAACUUGAAAUGUGAAGUGUUUGCCCUAAAGCCAGGUUUUCAAAAAGUGAAGUCUGUGGAGCUAAAUCUAGAACCACAUUCUCAAGGUACAAAUUCUGAAUUAUCUUCACACCUCAGGCAGCAUAAUGCAAGAUCUGCAGUACUUGCACCAGAGCCAUAUGUUCACGAUGUGAACUCUCUGGAGUUAAAAUCAGGGCCACAAUAUCAAGAUGUAAAUUCAAAACAGUUAACUUCUUGCCUCAGGCGGAAAUCUACAGAGUUUGUAUCAGAGCCAUGUUCUCAAGAUGUAAAAUCUAUGAAGUCAAACCUACAGCUGCAACCACAAAGUUCUUCAGGGUUGACAUCAUGCCUCAGGUCACAAUAUGUUAAAUCUGUAGUCUUGGCACCAGAAUCAUGUUUUCAAGAUGUCAAACCUACGGAGCUGAUGCCAGGGUCCCCAAAACAGGGUAUAAAUUGUCAAGAGUUCACGUCAAUAUGGCAAGGUGUGAAAUCAGUGUUGUUGGCAUCAGAGCCAACUAGGAAGUUCUUACCAGGUCCAGUGUUGACCAGUGUUAAAUUUUCAAAUUUGUCUCCAGAAUCACAGCAGCAAGCUGUGAAAUCUUUUGAGUUUACUCCAAAGCCAAAGUUGCAAACUGCAAAACAUGUUAAUUUGUCUUCAAUGUCUUUGCAGCAUACUACAGAAUCUAUUGAGUUAGUACCAGGGCUUCAAAGAAUGAAAUUUGAGGAGCUAACUCCAGAAACAUGUCAUCAAACCACAAAAGCCUCUGAAAGUGUUUCUAGAUCAGUACAAAAUGCAGAAGUGAUCCUGAAGGCAAGACAACAAGUCCCUAAAUCUGUAAAUUUGACUACAAUACCAAUUUAUCAAGCCAAAGAAUCUUUAGAAAAGGCACAAGGGUUGCCACACAAAGGCAUAGAAACUGUAGAAAAAUCUGUGGUAUUGACUCCAAAGCCAAGAGGUAAAGCUGUAGGAUCUUCAGGGACACCUCUGAAGCUAGAUCUUCAAAUACCAGAAUUUGUUGACAUGACUCCAGUACUAAGAGAUCAAGGCUCGAAAUUCCUAGAAUUAACCCCAGAGAAAAGCUACCAAAUCCCAGAAACUCUAGAGUUGCUCUCUCAGUCACAGUCUCAAGUUAAGGAUUUAGAGGAGUUAUACACAAGCUCAAUGCAGCAAGUUGUGGAAUCUCAAGAUAUGACUCCAGAGCUCAAGCAUCAUGUUUCAGAAGCCAUAGCACUGACCUCUGAAGCAAUGCUGCAAGGUAAGGAAUUCCUUGCAAUGACCCCACAGCUGAUAAGUCAAGCCACUGGAUAUACAGAGAGAUUGCCGACAUCCUAUAAUCAAGCCUUAGAACCUAAGCAAGUGCUCUCUGAGGGAAAACUUCAAAGGAAAGAAACUGUAGUACUGAUUCCAAAGUCACUACAUCAUGUCCCAGAUUCUACUUCAAGGAUAACACUUAGGUUAGGACAUCAAGUUCCUGAAUCUGUGGAGCUGACUUCUGAAACAGGGCUGCAAAGAGAAGAACUUAUGAAAUCGACCUCAAAAUCACAGCAUCACAUUGAAUCUUCAGGGAUAAUACCAGGGUUAGGAUAUCAAGUUCCGGAAUCUGUAAAUUUGGCCUCUAAGCCUUGGUUGCUAACAGAGGGAUCUUUAGAGUUGCCCCCAAAGCAAACAUGUCAAGUUGUAGAACAUGCAGAAUGUGGAGAGUUUAGCCCUGAGAAAUGGCAGCAAGAAGUAUCAGCGGGGCAAGCAGAGUUACAGAAUCAAAGUAUGAAAUAUUUAGGUACAGCACCAGGACCACUGGGUCAAAUAAUACAAUUUAUAAGAAUUAGUCCAAAGCCACUAGAUCAAGUCACAGAAUCUGUGAGGACACAGUUUCAAGUUGCUAAGUCAAUAGGAGUGGCCCCACUAGCACCAGAAAAAGUUGUUGAGUCUGUGAAAGUGACCCCCGGGCCACCAUUUCAAGUUGUAACAUCUGUGACACCAGGAACAACUCCUCAAAACGUAGAAUAUGUUGAGUUGACUCCAAAACUGCAAGAUGUGAGACCUUCAGAGUGUACCUCAAGGCUAUGGUUGCAAAAUGUGAAACCUAAGAAAAUAACCACAACGCCAACACAUCACAUUUUGGAAACAAUGGAGUUGACAGGAUUUCGGUUAGUAAAGACUGUGUUAAUCCCAGGACCACUUCUUCAGAUUGUAAAAUCUGAGAAAAUAGCGCCAGGACCAACUCCUCAGGUUGUAGAGCCAAUAGGAAUAGACCUAGGAUCAGGGAUUGACAUAAUGAAUUGUUCAGAUUUAUUACCAAAGUCACAUCCUCAAGAACUAGUAGAACCUGUAAAAUUAACUCCAAGGCCAAACAGUCAAGUGAAAUCUGUAGAAUUAACCUCAAAGCAGACAUCUCCUUUUGAGGAACCUACAGUAUUGACUCAUAGACAAGGGCUUCAAGCUAUGAUAUCUAUAGGGAAAAAACUAGAGUCCCCUAAAGUCAUGGAAUCUGAGGAUUUGAAUCUUGAACAGGUGUGUCAGAAUAGAGAUUCUGAGGAGUUAACAUCAAGAGAAGAGUUACAAGCAGGGAAUCAUUUCUCUGGGUUCUUACACAGCUCACCAACCCCACUCAUUUCAAGCUCUGUCAAAACAACAUCUGAAUUAAGAGGACUUUGGGAUUCUGGGAUGCCAGAAGUAUUAGGAGCUUUGGAUAUAAAAAACCUUGUGACUGAUAUUUUGCAGCCCAGAGAGUUCUAUAUAGACCCUCCUACAAUACAGUCUUCAACCCUUCCCUUUACCCAUGAAUCAUCUGAUAAAACAGUUAACACUGUGGAAACACUAUGUUCUGAAAUCCCAGGAGUGGAUGUCAUAUCUAAGGAAAGCACUAAACCGAAGGAGAUGGAGGAACUAGAAAACUCAUUCCAGAGCCUCUCCCGACAUUCACCACAGAGCCAGAGAUCAUCAUCUAGGACUUUCCAGGCAGGACCAGGGGCACAAAGAGGCCUUAUGAAGUCCUUCCUGUGCAGGCAACAGAAUGUCUGGGAGAGUCAUGCAUGGAGGCAGCGGCUGCCUAGAAAAUAUCUCUCUACUAUGCUAAUGCUGGGGAAUGUCUUGGGGACUACUAUGGAAAGGAAGCUUUGCUCACAAACAAUUUUAGCAGAAAGAGCUACUGCAGAUACCUGUCAGUCUAUUCAGAAUUUAUUUGGGGUUCCAGCUGAACUGAUGGAAUUUUCCCACAGCCUGUUAGAGAAGGGUCCAAGUACUAUUUCUCAGUCUUCAGUAAUCAAAAACUACAUUCAGAGGCAUACUUCAUGUCAUGGCGAUGAGAAAAGAAUGACUUUAAGGAUGUGGACACGUGGCUCUACAUCUUCCAUAAUACAGCAAUACUCUGGGAUUAGAAUGGGAAUAAAGAAAAGGAACUCAAGGCUCAGUGAUAUAUCCCAAGAAGUCAUUCAGCACAUGCCUGUCUCAUGUGCAGGGAGACAGCUUCCUGACCCAGUAAAGUCAGAGUCUUCCCUCAGCAUAUUUUACAAUAAGGAAGAUCAUGUUCCAGUGGAAGAGAGUGAGAACUCACAGAAUGAUUCACGGGCAAGGAUUUUUGAGUCCCAACACGCUUUCAAGCCAAGUUAUCUUUCCCAGGCCAAGACUGAUUUAUCAGAACAGUUCCAAUUGCUACAAGAUCUGCAGUUUAAAAUAGCAGCAAAACUGUUAAGGAGUCAAAUACCCCCCAACGUGCCUCCACCUCUAGCUUCAGGUCUGGUCCUAAAAUACCCUGUCUGCCUACAGUGUGGCCGCUGCUCAGGAUUUAAUUGCUGUCAUAAAUUACCAGCCACAUUUGGGCCUUAUCUUCUAAUCUACCCACAGCUCCACCUUGUAAGCACUCCAGAAGGCAAUGGUGAGAUCCGGUUGCAUCUUGGCUUUAGAUUGCGGACUGGGAAAAGACCCCAAGUUUCAAAGAAUCCUAGAAGAGACAGACCUGUCAUGCCAAGGAGCUCUAUAUCACAAUCACAAAGGAAACCCAACAUGUAUACUCGAGCUUUCAAGAAUCCUGCACCCACAAUAGGUGUCCAGUCUCGGUCUUCCCAGUCUCCUGCUUCUGUACAAGUCCACAUUACGCAAAAGCAACAUGGCAGCUCUGACCUAGUAGGAAAUUCAGAAAUUGGAGAGCCUGGGCACUAUGAAUUCACUCAACUUCACUCUCUACCAGAGAGUGACACGGAUAGCAAUCAGGGUGAAAAGUGGGUGAAAGUAAGAACCAAAAAAGCCUUUGAUUCAAAAUAUUCAAAGAAGAGAAUCACCAAGCAACUUAGAACACAAAGCAUAAAGUCUUAUACAAAUAGUAAAACCAUAAUACGAGGUCCCUCUAGGGAAUUACCAUCCAAAAUAAGAAAAAAGAAGAUUGGAGCAGCUCAGACAAGUAUUUCUUUUAAAAGACAGCCUAAGAAAUCCUCCCAACCAAAGUUUAUGCAACUGCUUUUUCAGGGCCUAAAGCAAGCAUUCCAAACAGCAUACAGAAUUAUAGCUUUUGUUGGGCAGAAGCCUGAGAACAGGACAAGGCCAGACAAUUUGUGGUCUAGUAAAAAUUAUCAUCCAAAACAAAAAGUCAGGGACCAUGGAUUACCAAGAAAUACCAAAAGAGACAAGAUGCCAGUUGUCAAGUUAAGGUCAACAGGCCUAACCACUAAGCAGAAGGACAUAUUGUGGGGAGGAAUAGACCAACACAGAUCAGCUCAACAGCCAAAAAGAGAGAGCUCUUUCCAAUCCAGACCUCUCCAACUGCCCAAGCCCACUGUUUCCCAAAGAGGUAUCACUCCCCAUUCUACCUCAAUCAGGCAGCCUUUGGCUACAGUGCAAAAUAACAGUAGCAGCAGAACAAAAAAAAACUUCUACAGAGAUGAAAUCUCCAGUCAAAGGUCCAAGCACUUGACCAAACCAGGAACCAGAGUUCAGCCUGGAGGGAGAAUCCAAUCUGUUUUCCCUAUGAAGAGAACUUUGCAUAGUCACCUUAAAGAGAAACUCACAUGCAAAGGGCAAAACCACCACAGCUUCCAGAGGGAAAGAACCCCACAUAAUACCUCUGAGAGAAGCCAUCAUAGUCCUUCUGAGAGGAGCCAUCUCAGUCCCUCUGAGAGGAGCCAUCGCAGUCCCUCUCGGAGAACCCUUCGUAGCCUCUCUGAGAGGAGGCAUCACAGUCCCUCUGGGAGAAAGCAUCGUAGUCCCUCAGAGAGAACUCUUCACAGUCUCUCUGAGAGGAGCCAUCGCAGUCCUUCUGAGAGGAGAUGUCACAGUCCCCCAGAAAGAAGUCAAUGCAGUCCCCCUGAGAGAAGCCAUCGAAGUCCCUUGAAGAAUAAACGUCAAAGUCCUUCAGAGAGGAGACAUCACAGUCCCUCUGAACUGAGGCAGUACAGGUUCUCUGAGAGGAACGCUCGCAGCAUUCAUGAGAGAACCCAUAACAGUACUACUGAGAGAACCCUCCAUAGUCCCUCUGAGAGGAAUCUACGUCACUCUGAGAGGCUCCAUUGUCCCACUGAGGGGAACAGACGUAGACACUCUGAGAGGAUCCAUCGCAGUCCCUCUGAGGGGAACCGACACAGACACUCUGAGAGGAUCCAUCCCAGUCCCUCUGAGGGGAACCGACGCAGACACUCUAAGAGGAUCCAUCGCAGUCCCUCUGAGGGGAACCGACUCAGUCACUCUGAGAGGAUCCAUCGCAGUCCCUCUGAGGGGAACCGAUGCAGUCAUUCUGAGAGGAUCCAUCACAGUCUCCCUGAGAAGAGUCCAUGCGGUCACUCUAAGAGGCUCCAUUGCAGUCCCUUUGAGGGGAACCGAUGUAGUCACUCUGAGAGGAUCCAUCGCAGUCCCUCUGAGGGGAACCGACACCGUCACUCUGAGAGGAUCCAUUGCAGUCAUUCUGAGAGGAGCCACCGCAGUCCCUCUGAGAGGAGCCGUCGCAGUCCCUCUGAGAGGAGCCGUCGCAGUCCCUCUGAGAGGAGCCGUCGCAGUCCCUCUGAGAGGAGCCGUCGCAGUCCCUCUGAGAGGAGCCGUCGCAGUCCCUCUGAGAGGAGCCGUCGCAGUCCCUCUGAGAGGAGCCGUCGCAGUCCCUCUGAGAGGAGCCGUCGCAGUCCCUCUGAGAGGAGCCGUCGCAGUCCCUCUGAGAGGAGCCGUCGCAGUCCCUCUGAGAGGAGUCGUCGCAGUCCCUCUGAGAGGAGUCGUCGCAGUCACUCUGAGAGGAGCCAGCUCAAUCCUUCUGAGAAGAGCCACUGCACUACCCCUAAGGAGAGACGCAAGCACAGUUCCCAUAGGGAGAGGCCCAGACAUAGUUUGUGUAAAGAUUUCAACAAUUACUCAAAUGUGUCUCCUAGGGACCGAACCAAAAAACCCAAAAGCAGGGCAAGAUUGGAGGCCUGAAAACAGUAGACAAGGAGAGAUUUGCCCCUAUUAUUUAUUAUCUCCCUCAAGUCUUCCCUUAGCUGCCCUUUCCUGGCUUCUUUCCCGCUCAGCCAUUGUCUCCAAUUCCUGCGCUCUCAACAAUGAAAGGGUUUUCACGUGUCUCUACCUGGGGAGGAAGAAGGGACAAGAAUGGGAUUGUAAUUUUUCUAAGAUCAAUAAA